GACCUUCGUUUUUGUGUUAUUAGAUACAUUUCAGAAACAAAACGCGAAAUGAUUCAAAUUCAGGUCUGGGGACUGUGGAAGACUCAGAUCCCUUUGUCCAGAUUGUUCCCUUUGUAUGAUGGCACCUGGCUAUAAUAGAGGACAGACAAAGGCUCAGGUUGGUCUUAGAUACGGCGUGUCCCCCGAGACACUGGGAGGUCAGCCUUCCGCUAGGGUCGUCUCGCAGGCCUUCGCUGGCGGUAAAUUGGUCAAGGGCUUCAACCACCUCCCCGCAGCUGCCCUUGGCCAGGAUCCGGCCGUGCACGGUGGCAGGCGAGUCGUGUUCCUGGCGAGCGACGACGACGCCGCAGCAGCCGAGGUCGGUGCGCUUGCCGAAGAUCUCGGCUUCGCGCCAGUCAAGCUUGGUGGGCUCUCAGAGGGCGGCCUGCUGGUGCAGGCGCGCGGUAACAGCUGGGGCCAGCUGAUCUUCAGGGAUCUCUUCAAGUUCGACUGAGCAGCCGCGAGCGUUCCUGUCCCGCGGCGCAAGAGCAGUGACCUUUCUCAUCGAAACCAGGGCAGCGCCGGCGGGAGAAUUGCGCCCCAAACAGCCGCUUUGUCGCCCUAGCUCUCAUUGAAAUGAGAAUAGUUCUGCCUUCAGAUACAAUUGCGCUGCGACGAAUCGUGCUCGAGGGGCGAGAGGGCGAGAGAGUUUGAAAGAGUGAUUGGAAGAGAGGAAGAAGAAGGGGUGGGAGAGAGCGAGGGAGAGCGCGAUCGAUGGGGCCCAGGCGCACCGAGGAACGUGUGCUUGUGGCUAAGAAUGGUCAGCUCCCUUCGAUGCCAAAUAAUAGAGGGCUCGUAUUCUUUCC